AUGCUGGCGGCCCUGGAGGCCGACUCGGCUGCCUUCAAGGGCAAGGUCAUCGUCAUCCGGUACGAGGGCCCCCGCGGCGGGCCAGGCAUGCCAGAGAUGCUCACGCCCACCUCUGCCAUCAUGGGCGCGGGUCUGGGCCAGGACGUGGCGCUCAUCACCGACGGCAGGUUCUCCGGCGGCUCCCACGGCUUCGUGAUCGGACAUGUCACCCCCGAGGCGCAGGAGGGCGGCCCCAUUGCCCUGGUUGAGGACGGCGACAUCAUCCGUAUUGACGCCUCCUCUCGCGUCAUGGACGUCCUGAACGUCUCCGAGGAGGAGUGGGCCAGGAGGCGUUCGGCGUGGACGGCGCCGCCCCUGCGCGCAACCAGCGGGACCCUGUACAAGUAUGCCAAGCUGGUGUCUUCGGCGGCCAGAGGGUGCGUCACCGAUGAGUGA